CACCGGGCAUCGCACCGGGGACCGGGCAUCGCACCGGGAACCGGGCACCGAACCGGGGACUGGGAUUCGGGCACCGAGCACCAGGAGCCAGGAACCGAACCGGGCACCAGGAUUCGGGCACCGAGCACCGGGAUUUGGGCACCAAGCACCGGGAUUCGGGCACCGAGCACCCGGAGCCCAGAACCGAACCGGGCACCGGGAUUCGCGCACCGAGCACCGGGAUUCGGGCACCGGACGCGCAGCCAGCCACCGAGCACCGGCAUUCGGGCACCGAGCACCGGGAACCAGGCACCGAACCGGGCACCGGGAUUCGGGCACCGAACACCGGACCGGGAGCCAGGCACCGAGCCCCGGGACCCGAGCACUGGGACCCAGGCACCGAACCGAGCACCGGGAGCCGGAUCCCGCACCCAGAGCCAGGCACCGAGCCCCGGGAGCCGGAUCCCGCACCGGGAGCCAGGCACCGAGCCCCGGGAGCCGGAUCCCGCACCGGGAGCCAGGCACCGAGCCCCGGGAGCCGGAUCCCGCACCGGGAGCCAGGCACCGAGCACCGCGACUGGGGCUCCGCCGCGGGCCCCGAGCACCGUCCCGGGCCCCGUCCCGGGCCCCGAGCACCGUCCCGGGCCCCGCCCGGCCCCCGGCGGCCCCGGCAUGGCCCUGCAGCUGCACCUCCGCACCGUGUGCGGGCUCCGCGGCAGAGCCGACCGCAUCGCCAAGGCGGCCUUCCGAGGGCUCUCGUUCUACACGCGGGUGCUGGAGAACUGCGAGGACGAGGCGCGCUUCGACGAGACGUUCCGGUGGCCGCUGGGGACGGAGCUGGACGGGAAGGAGCUGCUGGAGAUCCAGGUCUUCAACUACAGCAAAGUCUUCACCAACAGGCUCCUGGGGACGUUCCGGAUGGUGCUGCAGGAGGUGGUGCAGGAGGGGCAGCUGGAGCUGACGGACACGCUCGUCGACGACAACAACUCGGCCACGCAGGCCACCCUCUCCAUCGAGAUCCGCUACCAGCCCCCGGAGGGCCCGCCGGGAGCCUGGAACGACAAGGAAUUCCUGGAGACGCCCUCGGAGGGGGACGGAGGGGAAUCCCUGGAGACCGACGGGCUCCUGGCCGGGCACCGGCGGGGCCUGGAACCUGCUCCCGGGAAAUCCCGGCAGGGCCCGGACAGGACCUUCCGCAGGCUGGAGGAGGACGAGCUGUACUUCCACAGCGAGGACGAGCUGCUGGGAGAGGGGGAUUCCCUGAGCCAGGGCUCCCUCCCGGCCAGCCUGGGAGACGAAGCCGAAGAAGACCAGCACGGCAGGAUUCAGUUUAACGAUGGAUACAAGUCGGUAGCCAGCGAGGACCCCGAGGAUCGAUGUGCAAAGGCCAAAGGGAAGGAGAAGAAGCACCUGGUGCUGCCGUUCAGCAAAGGCAAAGAGAAGACCAAGGAGCACAAGGCUGGGAAAGGAGUUUUUUCAGCCAUGAAGCUCGGCAAGGCGCGCCCGGCCAAGGAUGAGCAUCGGAAACAAGACGAACCCGCGGUGCUGGAGCCGGAGGACCUGGACAGGAGGGCGCUGAGGGGCGGGAUGGGGCCGGAGCCGGACACGGUCUCGCUGGCCUCUGUCACCGCUGUCACCACCAAUGUGUCCAACAAGAGGUCCAAGCCCGACAUCAAGAUGGAGCCCAGCGCCGGCAGGCCCAUGGACUACCAGGUCAGCGUGACCGUCAUCGAGGCCCGGCAGCUCGUGGGGCUCAACAUGGACCCCGUGGUGUGCGUGGAGGUGGGCGAGGAGAAGAAGUUCACGUCCAUGAAGGAGUCCACCAACUGCCCCUACUACAACGAGUACUUUGUCUUCGACUUCCACGUCCCCCCCGACGUCAUGUUCGACAAGAUCAUCAAGCUGUCCGUGAUCCACUCGAAGAACCUCCUGCGCAGCGGGACCCUCGUGGGCUCCUUCAAGAUGGACGUGGGGACUGUUUAUUCCCAGCCCGAGCACCAGUUCUACCACAAGUGGGCCAUCCUGUCGGACCCCGAGGACCUCACGGCGGGGCUCAAGGGCUACCUCAAGUGUGACAUCGCCGUGGUGGGCAAGGGGGACAACAUCAAGACCCCCCACAAGGCCAACGAGACGGACGAGGACGACAUCGAGGGGAACCUGCUGCUCCCGGACGGGGUGCCCCCGGAGCGGCAGUGGGCACGCUUCUACGUCAAGGUGUACCGGGCCGAGGGGCUGCCCAGGAUGAACACCAGCAUCAUGGCCAACGUCAAGAAGGCCCUCAUCGGGGAGAACAAGGACCUGGUGGACCCCUACGUGCAGGUGGUGUUUGCGGGGCAGAAGGGCAAGACCUCCAUCCAGAAGAGCAGCUACGAGCCCCUGUGGAACGAGCAGAUCGUGUUCACCGAGAUGUUCCCCCCCCUGUGCAAGAGGAUCAAGGUCCAGAUCCGGGACUCGGACAAGGUCAACGACGUGGCCAUCGGGACCCACUUCAUCGACCUGAGGAAGAUCUCCAACGAGGGGGACAAGGGCUUCCUGCCCACCUUCGGCCCCGCCUGGGUGAACAUGUACGGCUCCACCCGCAACUACACCCUGAUGGACGAGCACCAGGAGCUCAACGAGGGGCUGGGGGAAGGCGUCUCCUUCCGCGCCCGGCUGCUGCUGGGCCUCGCCGUGGAGAUCCUGGACACCACCAACCCCGAGGUCAACGGCUCCACCGAGGUGCAGGUGGAACAGGCCACGGCCGUGGCCGAGAACUGCACCGGGAAGAUGGAGGAAUUCUUCCUCUUCGGGGCCUUCCUGGAGGCCACCAUGAUCGACAGGAGGGUGGGGGACAAGCCCAUCAGCUUCGAGGUCACCAUAGGUAACUAUGGCAACCAGGUGGACGGAGUGGACAAGCCCGUGCGGAGGAGGAGGAGGGAGGGAGGGGACGAGGAGGAGUCGGAGCUGCUGCAGAAUUCCAGCGAGGAGGAGGGGGAUGAGGACGGAGAGCUGGUCUCGGUCUCCUCCUCCCCACCCAUGAAGCCCCUGGUCACUGACAGGAACUACUUCCACCUGCCCUACCUGGAGCGCAAGCCCUGCGUGUACAUCAGGAGCUGGUGGCAGGACCAGCGGCGCCGCCUCUACAACUCCAACAUCAUGGACAAGAUCGCAGACAAGCUGGAGGAAGGACUCAACGACGUGCAGGAGAUGAUCAAGACGGAGAAGCCGCACCCGGAGCGGCGGCUCCGAGGGGUCCUGGAGGAGCUGAGCGGGGGCUGCCAGCGCUUCGUGGCCUUGGCUGACCGGGAGCAGCCGCACUCGUCCCGCACCCGCCUGGACAGGGAGAGGCUCCGCUCCUGCCUCCGGGAGCUGGAGGGUCUGUCGCAGCAGGCGCGGGCGCUGCGGCAGCAGGUGAAGCGGCACACGCUGCGGGAGAAGCUGAAGCUGGCGCUCAACUUCCUGCACAGGCUGCGAUUCCUGGCGGAUGAGCCCCAGCACAGCAUCCCCGACGUGUUCAUCUGGAUGAUGAGCAACAACAAGCGCGUGGCCUACGCCCGCAUCCCCGCCAAGGACCUGCUGCACUCCCUGGUGGACGAGGAGAUGGGCAAGGACUGCGCCAAGGUCAAGACGGUCUUCCUGAAGCUGCCCGGGAAGAGGGGCUUUGGCCCGGCGGGGUGGACGGUGCAGGCCAAGAUGGAGGUUUACCUGUGGCUGGGCCUCAACAAGCAGCGCAAGGACUUCCUGAGCGGCCUCCCCUGCGGGUUCGAGGAGAAGAAAAGCCCCCGGGGCCAAAACCUGCCCUCCUUCCCCCCCAUCAGCCUCCUCUACACCAAGAAGCAGGUGUUCCAGCUGCGGGCCCACAUGUACCAGGCCAGGAGCUUGUUCGCCGCUGACAGCAGCGGCCUCUCCGACCCCUUCGCCAGGGUCUUCUUCACCUCCCAGAGCCACUGCACAGAGGUCCUCAACGAGACCCUGUGCCCGACCUGGGACCAGCUGCUGGUGUUUGACAACGUGGAGCUGUUCGGGGAGGCCCACGAGAUGAGGGACGACCCCCCCAUCAUCGUCAUCGAGAUCUACGACCAGGACACCGUGGGCAAGGCCGACUUCAUGGGCCGCACGUUCGCCAAGCCGGUGGUGAAGAUGUCGGAGGAGCAGUACGGGCCCCCCCGCUUCCCCCCCCAGCUCGAGUACUACCAGAUCUACCGCGGAAACGCCACCGCCGGGGACCUGCUGGCGGCAUUCGAGCUGCUCCAGAUCGGCCCCGGGGGCAAGUCCGACCUGCCCCCCAUCGACGGCCCCACGGACGUGGAGCGGGGCCCGAUCCUGCCGGUGCCGCUGGGGAUCCGCCCGGUGCUGAGCAGAUACAGGGUGGAGGUGCUGUUCUGGGGUCUGCGGGACCUGAAGCGGGUGAACCUGGCCCAGGUGGACCGGCCGCGCGUGGACAUCGAGUGCGCGGGGCGGGGGGUCCAGUCCGCCCUCAUCCCCAACUACCGCAAGAACCCCAACUUCGGCACCCUCGUCAAGUGGUUCGAGGUGGACCUGCCGGAGAACGAGCUGCUGCACCCUCCCCUGAACAUCCGGGUGCUGGACUGCCGCGCCUUCGGCCGCUACACCCUGGUGGGCUCCCACACCGUCACCUCCCUGCGCCGCUUCCGCCACCGCCCGCCCCCCCGCCAAGGGGCUCGGCGACACCGCAGUCCCUGGGUAGGAUCCCGGGGGCUCCCGGCCAUGACGCGCCGCUCUGUCCCCGCAGGGGAGGUGGUGGUCAGCGUGGAGCCCGAGGUUCCCGUCAGGAAGAUGGAGACGGUGGUGAAGCUGGAAGCUAAUUCCGACGCGGUGGUGAAGGUAGACGUGAGCGAGGAGGAGAAGGAGAAGAAGAAGAAGAAGAAGAAAGGAGGAGGAGGAGGAGGAGGGGAGGAGGCGGAGGAGGAGGAGCCCGAUGAGAGCAUGUUGGACUGGUGGUCCAAGUAUUUCGCUUCCAUCGAGACCAUGAAGGAGCAACUCCGGCAGCAGGAAGCAGCCGCAGCAGAAGCGGAGGAGAAGGAAGAGCUGGAGCUUGGAGAGGGCUCCAAGGCCCAGGCCAGGCACAAGGACAAGGCCAAGGCACCCAAGGAGGACAAGAAGAAGAAGCAGCAGCAGGCGGCCCCCGAGCUCCCGGAGAAGAAGAACAAGCAGAAGGUUGACGAGCUGAAGGUCUUCAACAAAGAGCUGGAGUCGGAGUUCGACAACUUCGAGGACUGGCUGCACACCUUCAACCUGCUCCGGGGCAAGAUCGGGGACAACGACGACACGGCCACGGAGGAGGAGCGGAUCGUGGGCAGGUUCAAGGGCUCCCUGUGCGUCUACAAGGUGCCGCUGCCCGAGGACGUGAGCAGGGAGGCGGGACACGACCCCACCCUCGGGAUGUUCCAGGGGAUCCCCAGCAACGACCCCGUCAACGUCCUGGUCCGGGUCUACAUCGUCAGGGCCACGGACCUUCACCCCGCUGACAUCAACGGCAAGGCCGACCCCUACAUCGCCCUCCGGCUGGGCAAGACCGACAUCAAGGACAAGGAGAACUACAUCUCCAAGCAGCUCAACCCCGUCUUUGGGAAAUCCUUCGACAUCGAGGCCACCUUCCCCAUGGAGUCCAUGCUGACGGUGGCCGUGUACGACUGGGACCUGGUGGGCACCGACGACCUCAUCGGGGAGACCAGGAUCGACCUGGAGAACCGCUACUACAGCAAGCACCGGGCGACCUGCGGGCUGGCACACUCCUACUCCGUCCACGGCUACAACGCCUGGAGGGACCCCAUGAAGCCCUCCCAGAUCCUGGCCAAGCUGUGCAAGGAGGGCAAGGUGGACGGGCCACACUUCGGGCCGGGAGGGAGGGUCAAAGUCGCCAACAGGGUCUUCACCGGCCCCACGGAGAUCGAGGAUGAGAACGGCCAGAAGAAGGCGUCGGACGAGCCGGUGGCGCUGGCGGCCCUGCGGCACUGGGAGGACGUUCCCCGCGCCGGCUGCCGCCUCGUCCCCGAGCACGUGGAGACGCGGCCGCUGCUCAACCCCGACAAGCCGGGCAUCGAGCAGGGCCGCCUGGAGAUGUGGGUGGACAUGUUCCCCAUGGACAUGCCGGCGCCCGGCCCCGCCAUCGACAUCUCUCCCAGGAAACCCAAGAAGUACGAGCUGCGGGUGAUCGUGUGGAACACGGACGAGGUCAUCCUGGAGGACGACGACUACUUCACGGGCGAGAAGUCCAGCGACAUCUUCGUCAGGGGGUGGCUGAAGGGGCAGCAGGAGGACAAGCAGGACACGGACGUCCACUACCACUCGCUCACCGGGGAGGGCAACUUCAACUGGAGGUACAUCUUCCCCUUCGACUACCUGAUGGCCGAGGAGAAGAUCGUCAUCUCCAAGAAGGAGUCCAUGUUCUCCUGGGACGAGACCGAGUACAAGAUCCCGGCCCGGCUCACCCUGCAGGUCUGGGACGCCGACCACUUCUCGGCCGACGACUUCCUGGGGGCCAUCGAGCUGGACCUGAACCGCUUCCCCCGGGGGGCCAAGACGUCCAAGCAGUGCAGCCUGGAGAUGGUGACCAAGGAGGCCGAGCUGCCCAUGAUCUCCAUCUUCAAGCAGAAGCGGGUGAAGGGCUGGUGGCCCUUCGUGGCCAGGGACGAGAACGACGAGCUGGAGAUCACGGGCAAAGUGGAGGCUGAGCUGCACCUCCUGACGGCCGAGGAGGCCGAGAAAUCCCCCGCCGGGCUGGCUCGGAACGAGCCCGACCCCCUGGAGAAACCCAACCGCCCGGACACGUCCUUCAUCUGGUUCCUGAACCCGCUCAAGUCCAUCAAAUACCUCAUCUGCACGCGCUACAAGUGGCUCAUCAUCAAGAUCGUGCUGGCCCUGCUGCUCCUCGUCAUGGUGGCCCUGUUCCUCUACAGCAUGCCGGGCUACAUGGUCAAGAAGCUGCUGGGGGCCUGAAGGACGGGAGCCUCUCCCACGUCCCAGCCUUUCCCUGGCUCCACGUCCGUCCUUCUCCACCCCACAGCCCUGGGCAGCUCGGGGGCGUCUCCUCCCUGCUGCUGCUGCUCCUGGAUUGCUCCUGGGUUGCUCCUGGAUUGCUCCUGGAUUGCUCCUGGGUUGCUCCUCGGGUCCCCUUCAGGCUCUGGUCCCAUGGGAGUGGGGCUGGAGGGUGGCGUCGAUCCCAAGGCUGGGGAUGGGAUCGAUCCCAAGGCUGUGCAUCCCUCACUGGGAAUGGGAUCGAUCCCGAGGCUGUGCAUCUCUCACCAGGGAUGGGAUGGGAUUGAUCCCAAGGCUGUGCAUCCCUCACCAGGGCUGGGAUCAAUCCCAAGGCUGUGCAUCCCUCACCAGGGCUGGAUCGAUCCCAGGGCUGUGCAUCCCUCACCAGGGAUGGGGAUGGGAUCAAUCCCGAGGCUGUGCAUCCCUCUCCAGGGCUGGGAUGGGACUGAUCCCAAGGCUGUGCAUCCCUCCCCAGGCUGGGAUCGAUCCCAAGGCUGUGCAUCCCUCACUGGAGAUGGAAUCGAUCCCGAGGCUGUGCAUCCCUCACCAGGGCUGGGAGAGCUGCCCAGCCGGCUCUGGAGGGGGGGCUCAGGGGCCUCUGCCCUCCUGGGCAUCUGAGCCCCCAGGCCCGGGGCAAGGAGAGGGCAGCUGGGGCUGUGCUGGUGGAGCUCUGGGAUCGCUCCCAAAGGGCUCGUCGGAGGGAUAUUCGGAACCCAGGAUGGAGCAGGGAGCUGGGAUGGAGCAGUGGGGACACUCCAGUGCCCCCCAGGGCGAGGGCCCAGCGCUCCCCCAGUGCCUGUCCCCCCUGCUCCAUGGUAGCUCUGGAGGUCCCCGCCGUGGGGACACGGGACACGGUGCCCCAGCAGCCCCCAGGGUGGGCGAGGGCCAGGCCCUGCCCUUCCCUCCCCGUGGAGGGCUCCCACAGCUCAAACACCCUCCUGAGAUCCCCCACCCGGAGGGGUCGGCGGCUGGACGGCCCCGGGGGGGGCUCACAGGGUCUCUGGCACGGCGGGAGCUCUCCCCGCGUGCCUCGGGAUCCUCCGCGUGUUCCCUCUGGAUUGGUGAUCCCCGCGGCCGGAGCCUUUCCUGCCGCGUGUCUUCGGGAAGGGCUCUUUCCCGUCACAUCCCGGCGGGGAAGAGCCGCCUUUCCCAGCUCCCAGUGUGCGAGACCCCUCACCGAGGAACCCAGGAACGUCCCGGAGGCGUUUGGAGGUUCUUGCUGUUGAAAUCCAUCCAAAUAAAAACCACCUUUCGCGUC